UCAAGUUUAUGUCCAGUGUUGUUAGUCGCCAGCAGCCGCCACCGAAUGACAAGAUUAAAAACCUUGCUGAAACAUAGUUUUCUUAGAUAUUACGUAUCAAGAUCAAAGUUCAUCUGGCAAAACUGCCUCUCAUCGCCAUCCAUGUGUGGUGAAAUCACGGCCAGAACAUUAGUCGCGCAGUAGUCGAAUGAAAAGAACGUGACAUUACUCAACGAAAAUAUCAUAUCUUAUCGUGAAAUGAAGGUGUCUAGGAGUCUCAGACUUAUUAAAGAGCUAUCAAAUGUGCGGAACUAUAGCAAUAGCCCCACCAAACCUCUGAAGAUCAUUACCAAGCAUUUUGAUGAAAUUAGCAUACCUGUUCCAUGGGGUCACAUAUCGGGCAAAUGGUAUGGACCCAAGCAUGUGCGACCCAUUGUAGGCAUGCACGGCUGGCAAGAUAAUGCCGGGACCUUCGAUACCUUGGCUCCGCUCCUGCCAUCGCAUCUCUCCUUCCUUAGCAUCGAUGCCCCAGGUCAUGGUCUUUCCUCCUGGUUGCCAGCUGGUACUUCCUAUCACUCCGUUGACCUCGUACUGGUCACCCGCCGACUAAUGGACGAAUACAACUGGGACAAGAUCUCCAUAUUGGCUCAUUCAAUGAGCUCCAUCAAUGGCUUUGUCUUUAGUGCUCUGUUUCCCGACAAAGUGGAUUUGUUUGUCGGCCUGGAUGUGCUUAAACCGCCCGUUCGAAGUUCCCGCAGUAUUGUGGAUGCUCUGGGUGAAAGAAUUGAAUCUACUUUGAAGCUGGAACGACGUCUGAAGAGUGGCUCUGAGCCGCCCGCCUACGAAUGGGACCAGAUGGUAAUGCGACUGCAUGAGGGCUCGAAUAAAUCUGUUUCUCUGGAUGCCUGCAAGUAUCUGCUGCAGCGGAACUGCAAGCCCUCGACGCAUGAGCCGCACAAGUAUUACUUCUCCCGCGACAAUAGACUGAAGUCAUCGUUAUUCUACACAUUGCACCAGGAAGUUCCGAUGGAGAUGGCUCGACGGAUCAAGUGUCCACAUCUGUUUAUCAAAGCCUUGCAGGCUCCUUAUUACGAACGCAAAGAAUACUUUGAUGAGGUUCUAGCAGAAUUGCAAAAGAAUCCCCUAUUUGAAUUCCACGAGGUUGAAGGAACUCACCAUGUCCACCUCAAUGAGCCGGAAAAGGUGGCACCCAUAAUUAACUCCUUCAUCAAUAGGUACCGCCCCUUAUGAGAUCUGCCUAACAUAAAUUUGGACAUAUAGAAGUGUACAAACUAGUUGAAUGAUAGACCUUACUCAUAUAGUUUAAUCCUCCCGCAGACGUAGAUUGAUGAUAUUGACUGGAUAUUAGAUGCAAAUCAAUCUCAGUAGUUGAAAACACCCUAGAAUAGAAUAUUUGGUUGCUUCUAUUUAAUUUAUUAUGUACAAUCGAUACCGGCAAUAACAUUAAAAUUAAACACUACAUUACAAACCUCAAAAUAUA